CCAAGUCACCAAUGCCCCGGAGCCCCAUUCCUCUCUGAAAUUGGAAGAAAAAAUCAACUCCUCAAUCCCUAGCCAUCCAUUGACCCAGCUCUGCCGCCCACAGCCACAGCAGCCCCACAGCCACGUCAACCACCGCAACCACCUCAACCCCGAAGCCCCGUCGCAUGUACAGGCAUCGCGUGUGGAAGCUCGGCGCCGUCGCAGGAGCUUGACGUUGUCUCUUCUGUUCGAGAGCGCUCUCUCCGUGUUCGCUGUGCCUCCGUCACUGUCAAGCACUUCUUCGUGCUUCCCUCGCCGCCUGACAUCUCUGUUCGUUCUGUCUUCAUCCAAUAGCUGGAACCUUCCCUCGCCGCUGACAUCUCUGUUCAUUCUGUUCGUUCUUCAGACCGAACCAACACUCUCUGAUGCGAAUCGCUUCAUUCUCACAUGGCUCUGCUCUUAAUUUAGUCUCAUGACGAUCGUUGGUAUAUGCCGCCCUAUGCGUUCCCCUUGGGAUCAACCCAUGGAAUGCUGCCUCAGAUUCUUUCCAUGCCUCAUUGACCCUGCUCGGAGGUCUGCGCUGUGCGUGAAGUUGGUCUUGGUGACUGUCCAUUUGGUUUAUAUUGGCGUUCUCUUCUUAAUUGAUGGAGAUUUGAUAGAAAAGACUGAGAAGGAACCGAUGUACACUGCUUGUUACUUGCUGCUGUUCUUUGUUACUUUAAUACAAUACUUUGUUACAUCUAUUUCUUCUCCGGGCUAUGUCCUUGAUGCCAUGAUGACUACUGAGAGAAAUGUCCUAUACAGAAAGACAUCAGAAGCCUCAAAUCUACCGGCUUCAAGCAAAAAUGGGAGUUUCGUUGUUGCUUUCGAGGGAACUCAGGCAGGAAAAAAUAUUUCAGGAAAUAAUACACCAACAUGGUCAAAGUUAGUGGCAGACUUGUAUCCUAUGGGAACAACAAUCAGAACAUGGACAUGCAGCUACUGUAACGUGGAACAGCCUCCACGAUCAAAGCACUGUCAUGAUUGUGACAAGUGUGUUCUUCAGUUUGAUCAUCAUUGUGUUUGGCUUGGUAACUGUAUUGGGCAGGGCAAUCAUUGUCGAUUUUGGUGGUACCUUUGUGAAGAGACAGCGUUGUGCCUCUGGACUGGCAUCUUAUAUAUUUCAUACUUGAAGGAUCACAUUAAAAGUGCUUGGUGGCGGGAUGCAAUCAUGAUAGUACUGUUGAUCACUUUGUCAAUCUCUCUUAUAUUUCUACUUCUGCUACUUCUAUUUCAUAGUUAUCUUAUUUUGACAAAUCAGACUACUUAUGAACUUGUAAGGAGAAGACGGAUUCCUUAUCUAAGGGGAAUUCCUGAAAGAGUGCAUCCAUUCAGUAAAGGAGUAUCUAGAAAUGUAUACAAUUUCUGCUGCGGAAGUAGCAGCGUAUACAACAUGGAGCGGCUCCCGACACCUCAGGAGACAGAGGAAAAGUCAAGACCGUACACGUGUCUGGAUGUCGUAAGCUGUCGAUGUUGCUGAUGACUGUUGUAAACAAAUUGUAUAAGUAGGAGUCUUUUUCCCUGAGAGUUUUAUUGUGAACUUGAGGCCAUUUGCAUUGUGAUUUUCCAUGUCAUCCAUUCUUUGUUUAAUUGUUUUUUGGAAGUGGAUGUUUUAAGUUUAAUGUAUAGUUGCAGUGCUAGAGUGUGUCAUUUUGCCAGUGUUGAAUUUCUCAGACCUGGGAUUCUUGGAACACAGGGCACCAUGCGGAAUUGUUGGUUGUGGUAGUGUUGAUUGUCGUCGAAGCAAUUAAAGUUUUAAGGUAGAUGAAUGAACAGAGUGUUGCUCACAUGCUUUUUUU